CAUGGAGGGUGUCGCAGCCGACCGGCACAUCCUGGACUGGGACGAAACUGACGUUCAUAACUGGUUAUCAAGCCUUGGCUACCCCCAGUAUGAGAGUCAGAUUCGAGAACAUAAGAUUCAAGGUGACUCGCUCUGCGAACUAGACGGUGAACAGCUCAAGUCCCUCGGUAUCACGACAAUUGGACGGCGACUUUCGAUUCUGAAGUCAAUAUACCAAGUAAAGCUAGCGCACAAUGUUCCGAUGGACGAGAACCACUAUGUACCACCUGCCGAAGCUCCCGAGCGUGUAGAAAAUAUCAACGUCGAAAAGCUACACUCACUAGUCAAGGACCAAGCACAACGGCUUCGGAGUCUGGAAGAAGAGAACCGGAACUUAAACACUACCCUUCAAUCGUUCAUCGAGCAGUUUCAGGGCCUUCGGUCAUCACUGGGGCAUAUGGACGAAAGCGGUUCAUCCUCUAUUCGAAGACAGCCAUCGUUCAAAUGGGCACAGUUCGUGAAACCGCAAAAGUCGCCGACGAAGACUGAAGCGAUCGAAUCUCCUCACGCCUCUCCACAACGCGCUGAGCACGAUAUCAACUACUCACGUAUGGCCGGUCCAUCAGGACCUCCUAUAAGCCAUGCGACCGACAAGACUCGACCGCUUCAACCGGGGGGCGACGCAUCUGGCCUACCAAAACCGACGAGACAGGAAAGCUCAGAUAAUCUUAAGAGUUUCAAAGUCAGCUUGGAGGAUCCUACUUGGAAGGUUCUGCCUGCAGCCCUCAAGAAAUAUCGUAUUAACAAUGAUAGUUGGCAAAACUAUGCCAUGUUCAUCUGUUAUGGGUCAUCUGGAAACCGAAUAGAGCGAUGUCUGAGCUACGAUGAGAAACCUCUGUUGCUCUUCCAAAAGCUCAAGGACGCCAAGAAGAACCCUGUAUUCAUGCUCAAGCACAUCAAGGAUAUUCGGUCUCCCAUCGCUGUUGCUCAGCAAAAGCAUGCAGCUCGCAAAGCCUCCUCAAUCAUCUCGCAAGAGACCACGGUCACUACAGGCCACCAGAAACAAGCAUCUACAUCGCGCACCGGUCAUAGACCUCCGAAACUCGAAGUUCAGGACCUCUCGGCUUCAACUCCCCUCACAUCUACUGGGCUGAGCCCACAGCCCGGCUGGCCCGAAGCAAGUAUGCUGUCACCUGCUGUGGACCCAUCGCGAGGAGAAGAGAUUUCUAUAGCACCAGCUUCCGCUGGUGCACAAUCCUCACACCUAUCAACGUCGACGGCUUACACCGGUUCAACUCUUGUCGGAUCAAGUUCUGGAGCGCAGGAGACCGCAAGACCCAGAGAAAACUCGGAACCAACGAAUUACGGGUUUAACGGAAGGGAGAUGCCUCCGGCCUCAAACAAUGGCGUCUCGUAUGCUGUCGCUAUCUACCCCUACAUGGCGGAACAGGAUGAUGAAUUUGAUGUCGUCGGUGGUGAUACCUUCGUCAUUUUAUCUCGUGCCCGAGGUUGGUGGGUAGUCCAACGAGAUCCCACUGGAUCGGGUAUCGUAGACACAGAUAUGAGCAAGCAAGGCUGGGUACCUGCGGGUUGUCUCCUUGAAACCAAUGUGCCAGUGGCAUCAGCCAUCGCCGAGGCCACGGCCGCGAAGAAUGGUUCUCAAUCCGGUUCUCCACCGGACACACCGGUUUCCAAAACACCAAUCCUACCGCUGAGCAUCAUAUCGACGAGUUUCCCAGGUGUGGCUUUAAUGGACUACAAGAAGAAGGGAGAGGAGGAGUUGGACCUCGUUAAAGACGAUGCCCUUCGAGUCUUUAAGCGGUACAACCACUGGUCUUAGGCUGUUAAAGAAGUUGGUGGAGAUCGAGGAUGGGUUCCGUCGUGGUUUAUAGGGAAAGUCUCCUCGAAUGGAGGAACCCCUCAGACGCCAGGCUUGAACAUUCCUCCUACGGCAUCAAAUCUAGAUGACAACCAGAACCAAGUCUCACCCAUGUCGUCCGCAUUUCCUCCGGUGCAGACACGAACGACAACAGCGAUCUG